UGUACUGACAGCUUGGAAGGUUUCUUCUUUCAGCCAGCUCUUUCUGCUCUGCGCUCUGAGGAGACACACAGCUCUCCAAACGCACCAAAAGCUGACUGUUUGCUUACCCAGAAUUGCUUCAGGCGCCUGGAGACUCAAAGGAUUAUAGUUUUGGGGCUGCAGCAACAGGAGAACCCUAGCAACAAACAGGUGAGCCAUGACAUCUUUGCUGUUACUUUGCUUGUGUCUUCGGGUAAUCUCAGCAAAAUGGAUCAUUCCAGACUACUCAUAUACAGAACCAGAAAAAACUCUAAGCGUUAGCAUUCCCAUUGCUGACCCUCUUCAACCCUUAAUGGGUGAUACAGUGGUUUUGCCCUGUUACUUCCAGGAUGACACAGUGGAUGACCCAGGUGCUCCCACCAUAUCCCCUUUGUCUUAUCGCAUCAAAUGGAGCAUAGUCACCGAAGAGAAGACCACAGACAUUUUGGUGGCCAUGGAAGGUCAUGUGGUAGUGAAUAAUAAGUACACAGAUAGAGUUCAAAUGGUGGCAUACCCCACCAGUUUAAAUGAUGCCACCAUUAAAAUCACACAGCUUCUUUCGAAUGAAUCGGGAAUGUAUCGCUGUGAAGUCAUGCAUGGAAUCGAAGACAGUAGUGCUUCUAUUAAUGUCCAAGUGCAAGGCAUUGUGUUCCACUACCGUGCCAUUACUUCACGUUACACCCUGACGUUCGAGAAGGCAAAGGCGGCCUGUAUUCAGAAUAGUGCUGUGAUUGCCACACCAGAGCAGCUACAGGCAGAAUAUGAUACAGGAUACCACCAGUGUGAUGCCGGCUGGCUUUCUGACCAGACUGUUAGGUAUCCUAUCCACGAACCCCGAGAGGCCUGCUAUGGCGACAAGUUUGAAUUCCCAGGAGUGAGAACGUAUGGAGUAAGAGAUGUAAACGAGACCUAUGAUGUGUAUUGCUUUGCGGAGAAGAUGUCAGGGAGGGUAUUCUAUUCAAAAUCCUAUAAAAAGUUCACCUUUGAUGAAGCUCAGGAUCAGUGUGCUAAGCUGGGUGCUAAAUUAGCCACAACUGGUCAGCUGUAUCUGGCCUGGAAGGCUGGUAUGGAUGAAUGCAAUGCAGGCUGGCUGGCAGACAGGAGUGUCCGUUAUCCCAUCAACAUUGCCCGACCCCAGUGUGGAGGAGGUCUUCUUGGAGUGCGUACAGUGUACCGCUUCGUUAAUCAGACCGGCUAUCCUCCACCAGAAUCAAAAUAUGACGCUAUCUGUUACACAGAUGAAGAAGAAGAGGGCUCAACCUUAUUCGACCAUACAAUUCCAGAUAUACUGACUACAGAGGCUACAAGUGAGGUAAUAAGUGUGGAUAUGGGGACAAGCGGCCCACCCGUAUUUAUUCCGCAGACCUCACCUGGGAGUGAGCUAAUUGGCGUGGUUGAAACCCACAAACCCCCCACCACAACUGCUGACCUCCUGUAUGUAGAACAGGAAAUCACACAGCUGCCUUUGUCUUCACCACCCAGCAUCAUUGAUGGCUUUAUUGCGGUGACUGCACAGCCAUUAGAGCAUCCAGUGUCCUUUACUGGUAUUGUCUUCCACUACAGGCUACGCCAGAGUCGCUAUGCUUUCACAUUUGCCGACGCUCAGUUAGCCUGCCAGGAUAUUGGUGCAGUGAUUGCUAGUCCUCAGCAGUUACAGGCUGCCUAUGAAGCAGGCUAUCACCAUUGUGAUGCAGGCUGGCUGGCUGACCAGACUGUUAGGUAUCCUAUUGUACAUACACGAGAGAGAUGCACUGGUGAUUUGGAACAUUUGCCUGGUGUGAGGUCUUACGGUGUACAAUCUGCUGAUGAGCACUAUGAUGUAUACUGUUACAUGGACAAACCAAGAGGGAAUGUUUUUCAUGUGAGUUCCUCUGGGGGUUUCACAUAUGAUGAAGCAGUGGCUUCUUGCCAGUCCCAGAAUGCCUCCUUGGCCUCCACAGCUGAUCUGUAUGUGGCCUGGAAACUAGGCUUUGAUAAGUGUCGUCCUGGCUGGCUCAUCGACCGCAGUGUCCGCUAUCCCAUUAAUAAUCCAAGACCUCAGUGUGGAGGAGGGAAGCAUGGAGUUCAUACUGUCUUCAAGUUUCCCAACCAGACUGAAUAUCCUGAUCUUCACUCCAAAUUUGAUGCCUACUGCUUGCAAGUUGAUCUCCAAUUAAAUUUGUAUGAGAAUGAAUAUAAUAUGACACAUAUUGAAGAGGACUUGGUGAACCUGACCACAAUAACUGAUCUUUCCAUGGCUGUGAACCACACCUUCACUUCAUCCAUUCCCAUGGACAUCUCUGGUUCUGGUUCUGCAGGCCUGCCAUCUGGGGGCAGUGGUUUUUCUGGUGAUGUAUCAGCUAGUGGAAGUGAGGAGCAGCCUAGUGGGUCAUCAGAUUUAGGAAGAGAACUUUCAGGAUCUGGACUUCCAUCUGGGUCCUCAGGUUUUAGUGGAGAACUUUCAGGAUCUGGACUUCCAUCUGGGUCUUCAGGUUUUAGUGGAGACCUUACAGGAUCUGGAUUUCCAUCUGGGUCUUCAGGUUUUAGUGGAGAACCUUCAGGAUCUGGACUUCCGUCUGGGUCUUCGGGUAUUGGAGGAGAAUUUUCAGGAUCUGGACUGCCAUCUGGGUCUUCAGGUUUUAGUGGAGAACUUUCAGGAUCUGGACUUCCGUCUGGGUCUUCGGGUAUUGGAGGAGAACUUUCAGGAUCUGGACUGUCAUCUGGGUCUUCAGGCUUUGGAGGAGAAUUUUCAGGAUCUGGACUGUCAUCUGGGUCUUCAGGUUUUGGAGGGGAACUUUCAGGAUCUGGACUGCCAUCUGGGUCUUCAGGUUUUGGAGGGGAACUUUCGGGAUCUGGACUGCCAUCUGGGUCUUCAGGUUUUGGAAGAGAACUUUCGGGAUCUGGACUGCCAUCUGGGUCUUCAGGUUUUGGAGGGGAACUUUCAGGAUCUGGACUUCCAUCUGGGUCUUCAGGUUUUGGAGGGGAACUUUCAGGAUCUGGACUUCCAUCUGGGUCUUCAGGUUUUGGAGGGGAACUUUCGGGAUCUGGACUGCCAUCUGGGUCUUCAGGUUUUGGAGGGGAACUUUCAGGAUCUGGACUGCCAUCUGGAGCUUCAGGCUUAGGAGGAGAACUUUCAGGAUCUGGAUGGCCAUCUGGGUUUUCAGGUUUAGGAGGAGAACUUUUAGGAUCUGGGCUGCCAUCUGAAUUUUCAGGUUUAGAAGAAAUUUCAGGAUCUGGACUGCCAUCUGCAUCCUCUGGUUUAGAAGGAGAACCUUCAGGAUCUGUACUGCCAAGUAGGUUUUCAGGUUUAGGAGGAGAAUUUUCAGGAUUUGAACUGCCAAGUGGUUCAUCAGCCAUAGGAUGUGAUUUUUCAGGAUCUGGGCAAAGCGGAGACAUGUCUGGCUCAGGCCUUAGUGAUUUAGGCAUAAGUGUGACUUUCUCAGGAAAAGACACAAUAAUUUCUGGUGAUGGAUCAGCUUCAGGGACACCUCAGGAAGCUGGGGAGGGCAGUACAGAGAUCCUCACUUUCAUGUCAGGUCUUGGUUCUGGCUUCUUCAGUGGGGAUGGGGAUGGGUCUGGGUCAGGAAGUGGUUCAAGUUUUGGUUCAGGGGAGAGUGGGUCUACGACAGAUAUAUUUAGCAUUUUUGGAGAAAGCAGUAGAGGGGAAACCUCUGGGAUUUCUUCAGGUCUUGAUUCUAGUGGGGAAUUCUCUGGAUUCAGUGGUUUGCCAUCAGGUGUAAUGUCUUCUGGAGAUGAUAGUGGUUUCUCUGGAAUUAGUGGCAGUGGAAUAAUGAUGGUGAAAGGCCAGUGGAUGGACGUAUCCACUGCUUCAACCCUUACAGCUCAAGAGCUGGGUGGUAGUCAAAUGUAUUUCAGUGGCUCUGGAGCUCAACAGGGGUCUGGUUCAAGUGGCUCCGGUGUGAGUGGAAGUGCUGAUUUAAGCGGCUCUGGAAGUGGUUCAGGAUUUCCUGACAUCACCUUUUUAAAGUCAGGUCUUACUGAUCUCAUAGACCUAUACAGUACAGAACAAGAAGCCUCUGGAACUUUGACAUAUGGAUCAGGAGAAGGGAGCGGUGAUUUCGAUGAAGUCUCUGGUCUUUCAUCAGGGGACACAUCUGAAGCAUCAGCUAGUGGAGAAAUUAUUUCAUUUACUGAUGAGAGCUUGGUGGAAGUUCCUUCAAAGUCCACGCAAAACCAGGAGCUCAGAAAAGGACCGGUCGAGCACAGCGGGAGAGAGAGUGAACUAUCUUUGAGUAGUGGGCACCACUAUACUACUAUGUCAACAGAAGAACACCAUCCCACAUCCAUCCCUAGUGAAGAUCAGGUUCAUUUAACUGAUGAGCCAACAGUUCAAGUUCCCUCAGGGCUGCUUAGUAACAGUGAACUGCCACAGGAAAUCUUGUCGAAUGCUGCUAAAUCCUCCUGGAAUUAUAAUUCUGUGACUCCAACAUCUACGACCGGCACCACUACCGACCCUGCCUUUUCAAUGCAGACUCCGACUGUCAUAGAGAUCCCAGCCAUCGAGAAAGCUGCUGUGGACCCAUGUCAUCCAAAUCCCUGUGGUGCUGCUGCGUGUUCUGUGCAGGACGGGGUUGGCGUAUGCCACUGUCCACCUGGGGUGCCGGCGGAAGAGUGCCACUUUGAGGUUGAUGUGUGCCAUUCAAACCCUUGUGCCAAUGGAGCUACGUGUGUGGAGGUACAGGAUGCUUUCAAAUGCUUAUGCCUGCCCAGCUAUGGAGGGGAUCGCUGUGAGAUCGACACAGAAACAUGUGAGGAGGGCUGGACUAAGUUUCAGGGUAACUGUUACUUACACUUCUCUGAGAGAACCAUGUGGGAGGAGGCUGAACAACACUGCCGAAGUCUUGGAGCUCACCUGGUCAGCAUCACCAACCCGGAGGAACAAGCAUUUGUUAACGGCAAUGCACAGGAUUACCAAUGGAUCGGCCUAAAUGAUAAGACUUUACAAAAUGACUUCCAGUGGACAGAUGGAACCCCAAUGCAAUAUGAGAACUGGAGGCCUAAUCAGCCAGAUAAUUAUUUCAAUUCUGGUGAGGAUUGUGUGGUAAUGAUCUGGCAUGAAUACGGUCAGUGGAAUGACGUACCUUGCAACUACCAUCUACCAUUCACAUGCAAAAUUGGCCCAGUAACAUGUGGCCAGCCUCCUGAAGUGAAGAAUGCUCGGUGGUUUGGGACUAAGAAGGAGCGCUAUCAGGUCAACUCAAUAAUUAGAUAUCAGUGCCAUGAUGGCUUCAGGCAGCGCCAUCCACCUGUGGUCCGCUGCAUGGCAGAUGGACACUGGCAAGAGCCAAAGGUGGAAUGCAUACCCCAAACCAAAAGAAGACUACUGAAGAGAUCCAUUAGGCGCCAAUCUGUUAAGAGGUCAUCAUUGAGGAAGCACCUCUAAUAACUUAAAGAAGAAAUAAUUAAGAGAUUGAAAAAAAAAAAAUCUUUUAAAUUUUUCACAUUUUUUCAUGGCCUUGAAAUUAAUGAAUGCAUUAUGUAUUAAAAAGUGUUAUUUUUAAAAUAACUUCCCAACCUGUAUAUAGUGUCACUCCCAACAUGUUGUAGUGCUUCGAUAAGAAAAAGUAAUCUGUUUUGUGAUUCUUUUCCCAACCUAAUCCAAGAAGCCACUUUUUUUUUUUUUUAAUUAGUAUUUAUUCCCACAGUUAGUGUAAUUGGAUCUCUGAACUUACUGAAUCAGAUUGUCUCAAGGUAUCAGCUGAAUUUUACCCCAAAAAAAAAAAAAACAUUUUCAGAGGAGGAUCUUUCAUCCAGACAGUCUGGAAUUUUGUGGCAAAAGGGAACAGCUAAGAACCGUGUGCAAUCCUUCUUCUUAGAGGGACAACGAAAUAGGUUACUGUUUUUGUUUGUUUGGGGUUUUUUUGGACGCAAUUGUGUUAGAAAAAAAUAUAGCACUUAUUGUAUACAAGAUAGUAAACAAAUUAAAUUAUGUGAUGAAUUAUUAUAAUCUAUAGUCUAUCAGAAUGGAUAGUGUGUCUAGAAAAAUAAUGCAUAGCCAUAAAUAAGAGAGUUUACAUACAACUAAUUUAUUUCAUACAAAUUAUAAAAAAAAGCUAUCCUUUUUUGAUAUGUCUGAUGACAGUAAUGUGAAAUUAAAUGUAUUUAUUGAUUUCUCAAAAUAUUACAUUCUACCUGGCCAUUUGACAUGGUAUCCCCAUCUCGUUAGGCCUAAAAUACAAAUAAAAAUUAAUAUAUAUACAUGCAUUAAAAAGCAGUGUUCGAUGGCCAGAUCCUGCAAACUGUCAUCUUAAACAUGCAUAUAGAUCAUUUGUGCUGUAUGUUUCCAUGUUUUUGACAUAUUGUAAGCUGUGCAGGGCACAGUACUGUGAGACCAUCAUCACUCUCCCUCUUUUAAAUAGUUCUCAGUUUCAGUUCUUAUAAGACCUCAUUGAUGUUUCUUUCUUUUUUUUUUCCUCUAAUGCUUUUUCGCUAAUAUCAGUUAUAACACGUGCCUUACGAAUGUCUUUCUUACGAACUGCCCACGUCCUGGGUUUUGUUGAAUAUCAAUUAGGGGCUGUGCCUCUUUCUUCCAUCUUAUUUUUAAUCAAGAAUGUUGAACUGAUAAGUGUAACAGUACAGUAGAUAACUGUAACCCAGGAAACAAAUGCAGACUCGAAAAAAGAGGACCAAAAAGAAGCCCUGCUGAAGAACAAGAACGAAAGACUGAAAGACGGAGGUUGCCAUCAGAUUUGACUUUAAUCUUUUCACAGAUGACGACACACAGCCUGUAAUACAUGUAUGAAACAAAAGCAAAAAAAGUGAAGAGAUGAGAAACGCCAAAUAAAACAUUCUACAGAUCACUU